AUGGAGAUGCUCACAGCAUUCCAAGUGAACAUUCCUUUUUGUGAUGCUUUGGAACAAAUGUUUGUUUAUCCUAAAUUCAUGAAGGAACUUUUGAAUGGUAAACGCAAGUUGAUGGAUGAUGAAAAUUUUACUUUAGUAGAGGAAUGUAGUGCCAUUAUUCAACGUAAACUACCACUUAAUCUAAUAGACCCAGGUAGAUUCACUAUUUCCAUCUCUAUAGGCUCAGUAAAUUUUUGCAAGGCACUUGGUGAUCUAGGAGCAAACAUAAAUUUGAUGUCAUUAUCUAUGAUGAAAAAACUUAAUUGUGGAGAAUUGAAACCUAAGAAAAUGACUUUUACUAUAGUAGACCGAUCUAUCACUUACCCUUAUGGAGUUCUAGAAGACGUAUUAGUAAAAGUUGAUAAUUAUCUAUUUCCGACCGAUUUCAUCAUUUUAGAUAUGCCAAAAGAUACCGAGACACCGUUAUUGUUAGGAAGACCUUUUCUCGCAACGAGUAGAGCAUUAAUUGAUGUGGAAAGAGGAGAGUUAAUUAUACAGUUUAAUAAAGAGCAGGAAAUAUUCAAUGUUUUUGAAGCCAUGAAGCACGCUCAAGAGGAUUUACAAUGCUACCAAAUUGAUUUAAUUGACAAAUUGAUAAAAAAUGUUUCAAAAGAAGAAGGCCCAUCUUCCCCAACGGAAAAGAUUCUAGUGUAA